ACUCACGUUGGGUUGUAGCUAUAAUACUCUCUCUCUCUCUCUCUCCAUUAUAGUCUAUCUGUCUGCUUCUCUGUCAAUCUGUCUUUCUCUCUCUUCUCCCAUUUUUAUUUAUUUAUUUUAAUUAUUCCACCGGAACUCUUCCUCUAUACAUUAAUUCCUUCCCUCUGAUUCGUUCCCAAGUCCCAAUCCCAGCUCUCAUCUCUCUAAACACACCUUGUGGUUUUCAAGAAUAUAUAAUAAUCCAAUCCAUCAUGACUCUAAGCAACAAUACUAACGUUAAUGGUAAUGGUAAUGGUAACAAUCACAUUGGGCAGUUCGGAGAUACGACAUUGACUAAAGUGUUCGUGGGAGGCCUUGCAUGGGAAACUCCGAAAGAAGCCAUGAGAGACCAUUUCCAUAAGUAUGGUGAGAUCUUGGAAGCCGUCAUCAUCUCCGAUAAACUCACCGGUCGUUCUAAGGGUUACGGAUUCGUGACUUUUAAGGAACCUGAAGCCGCCAAGAAAGCGUGCGAGGAAGCCACGCCGAUCAUUAAUGGUCGCCGAGCCAACUGCAAUCUGGCUUCUCUAGGCGCCCGCCGACCAAGGUCCGCCUCUAAUGCAAACACUCCUCCAAAUGCUCCUCCUACACCUCAACAAGGAUCUAACGUUGGACCGAGGUCAAUGUCGCCUGCACCUGCGAAUCACGUGCAGUGGUAUUAUCCAGCUGCAUCGCCCCCUCCUGCGACGCCGUUUCAUCGGCAGCAGCAUCCUCAUCAGCACGCCGCCGUUCCUGUCUACGGAUAUCCUCCGACCUACAUAGCUGCUGCUGAUAUGAGUUACAAUCCAAAGCUAAGCUACAAUGGUGGGGCCUACAUGGGAGGAGGGCACUACUCUCAAGUAUACCCUGGUGUGAUGAGCGCCAACACAUUGAUGCCGAUGUACCCGAUGUAUCACUACCAUCAAGCACAUACAAUGGGCCCUUCGGCCCACAUGUUCGCCACAACGACAGGGCCCAUUAGCGCAGUCCCGGCCAUCAUUUCUAAGCCCCCAUCAAUUACUGCCCCUAACUCAGUUUGCCUGACUGUGGAAUAGGUACAAUUGAAAGAUUUAUAAAGGUUGGGCAAUGGAGCAAUUAAGGAAUGAUGAGGACUAUAGUUGGCAAUAACAAUCGGAAGGUGGUGGCUGCUCAGAACAACAUUAUUAUUUCUGCUCUGUUCUGCCUCUUCUUUCCCAUUUUUUUUUUUUUUAAAAAAAAAAUAUUAUUCUUACUCUGAUUAGGUGUUUGAUAAGAUUCUUUCAUUAUUCUGUUCUCUUUAGAUUUAUUUCUUCUCUCUCUCUCUCUAACAUCCAUCUCAGCAUUAGCUGUGAACCAUUGAAAGAAAAUAUUGUAACUGAGAAAUCAUAUCCAUGUGAAGCAUGGUUAAAUUUCCCCA